AACCACGCCUAUCGGUUAGCUUCCGUUGUACAGUCCGUAUGACUUUAUGUAACGCCACGAGUCAAAGUAGGAAAAUAUCAAUUUUUUUUUUUUUUUUUUAGGGUUAGUGUUUGUUUAUUGUUUGCUCCAACUGCUGUUGAGGAUGAAUGUUGCUACACAGGUUCGAAGUAGUACUCUUAGCUAGCAAUCUUAGGUAGUUCGGUGCAUCUGACGCUACUUUUCUGAGCAUGCGCGGCUUUUGCUUGGCGACGAGAAAUCAUUUUCCGGUUAAAUCCCACGUGGGUGCUCGGCGCUGUCCGUGGGUGCUCGGCAUUGUCCGUGAGUGCUCGGCAUUGUCCGUGACUGCUCGGGCCCGGAAGCACACAAGGGAUCGGCUCCUUGUGGUUCGGUGUCAUAAUUCAGUAGUCAGCUGUUUGAGUCCUACUCUAAUUCGAAGUAAAAAUGUUUACCAACAUCAAAAUGGGUGUUUUAGCUUUAGGCAGACUGCCUUCUAUUCAUUUCAGGACGAGUGUGGCAAAUGUUCUCUGCAGACAUCAUCGGAACCUCGCCUCUCAGUCCGGGGUGAAGGUGCUGUAUGAUGGACUUUGUCCCAUAUGUGUGAAGGAGAUUCAGGUCCUUAAGUUUCUGCAAAAGAACAAGCCCGACAAGGUGGACUUUGUCGAUAUCUCACUUCCAGGCUACGAUGGAUCCAAAUACAACGGGGUCAGCUAUGAGGCAGCCAUGGAGGAAAUGCAUGUGAUUGAUGAGAACAAUGAGGGCAGGUUCAUCGGGGCGUCCCCGCGUUUGCAGUCAUGUAUGCCGCAGUGGGCCUGGACUUUUUGGGUCGCCUUAUGAUGUUGUCACCUGUGAGACCGUUGAUGGACAAAGCCUAUGCUGUCUUUGCCAGGAAUCGCUUAAAGUGGACCGGACGCGGGGAGGAGUGCACCACAAGACGUUGUGAAAAGAAAACGCCUUGACACCUGGUAAAUAGAUAAAAUUCAGAAUCUAUAAACUACAUUUUGUGUUUUAGGUUUAGCAGGGACUCAAAUGGACAAAAACACAGUCCAUUGCAACCCUCUGGGGACAUUCCAUUUUUAUUGGACAGGACGUUAAAGUCUAUAAGUCUUUGAGGGGUGUAAAACAACUUUGGAUUCCUUUUUUGUUUUGUUUACUUUUUCUGGUCCAAUUUCUCAAACUUCAGUCCUAAACAAAAAUAUGGAACAUAUAGUGGUGUUGAUUUUUGGACCCUUUCAAAGGCUUUUUGAUCAGUUAAAUGUCACGUUUAUUUGUAAAUUAAUUAAUAAAUGAAUCAGUUAAUUAAAUUGUUCAAUCAAAUUUAAUUAGUAAAAUUGCUAUAGUUAUGAAAAUAAAUACUAAUUGACUGUGACAUUGUUUCAUCUAAUGGGUAAAAUAAAAUAAAUACAUGUUUGCUAAUUUUGUUCAGGGUUGAAGUUGAUUUUGGGAUUAGAGCACAAAAAUGUAAAUCAAAACGUUUGUAUGCCCCUUCAAAAAUGGAACAACUUUUAUUACCCGUUUGGCUUUGCGGUAUUGUGGAAUAACUGCCAGUGUACCAUACACCUUUGAAAGAAUUGGACAUUGACAUUUUAAAAUUCAAUAUGAAAACCCCCUCUAAGGAACAAUCAUGUAUAAUGGAAGAAUACCACAAAAUCGAUGUCCAAAAAUGUACUCACAGGACUAAAAAGUCAGCCUUUGUCUCCUUAGGGCUAAGGGAGGUUUGCAGGGCCUGUCUAUGCUAAGUUCUUAAAAACGGGGAAAGAAAGACCUAACUGUAGCACUACAAUAUCUGUAAUAUGGCUCUAUGAAGAAGAAUAUAAAUUUAUGGGCAUUCAUGAGUCAGACAUAAUUCAUUUGUAAUUUGACUACUAACCACAGUUUAUCAUCACUGUAUGUAAGAUGUUACUUGAUCAGUUGACAAUAUUAAUAAAGUCAAUAUUCAAAAGCA